AUGACAAAUACGUCUACGGAGACCGACGCGUUGCGAACCACGCUCAAAAGUGCACCGAAGAUGCAAUCAGUUCGCUUCCACGGGCCUGGUGAUAUCCGCGUUGAAGAACUUGAUGAACCUACCUGUGGCAAAGGCCAAGUUAAAGUUUGUCUUUACAACAUGCAUUUCAUACCGGAGACUGCGCUAACAAAUGAUAUCAAGAUGAGACCUGCUUACGUCGGCAUAUGCGGCAGUGAUCUACACGAAUUCACCAGUGGCCCAAUAUUGAUCCCAGAAACUCCACAUAAUAUCACAGGCUGUACGCAUCCAGCAACAUUGGGCCACGAAUUUGGCGGAAUUAUCGAAGAAGUCGGCGAAGGCGUCACAAAUGUUUCGCCCGGGCAACGUGCCGUCGCUAUGGUGGGGGUAUGGCUCAUAAAAUUGUCGCUCCGGCAGGUCACUUCUAUACCCCUCCCUGAUAAAGUAUCCCUCGAGACUGCUUCUCUUAUUGAACCCCUUGCCGUAUCAUGGCACGCUGUCCACUCGUCCCCUUUCAAAAAAGGAGACAGUGUCCUCAUAGUCGGCGGGGGCCCGAUAGGGCUCGGUAUUGUUCAAGUCUUGAAGCUACAGGGCGCAGGCCAAAUCAUAGUAGCCGAACCAAUGGACAACCGCAAGAAAUUCUGCACGGAUUACGGAGCGACAGCAAUUCUCGAUCCUGGCGAGGUGGAUGUCACGAAACGAGUUCGAGAGCUGACUGGCGAUGUUGGAGCAGAUGUUGUGUUUGAUACGGCUGGCGUGGAGAAAGCGCUGCCAGGGGCGAUAGCCGCUGUCCGCGUUCAGGGGACGAUUGUGAAUCUUGCUGUUUGGGAGGGCAACCCUUCUCUUCCUGUAAAUGAUUUAAUGUAUAAGGAGGUGCGGUAUAUGGGGGCAGCUUUAUAUGACGAGCAAUCUUUCUUGGAUGUGAUCCAGGCACUGAAUGCAGGCCAUUUGCGACCUGAGAAGAUGAUUACUGGUAGGGUUCCACUGCGCGAUGCGGUAGACAAAGGAAUUCUGGCACUGUUGAAUCAUCGUGAUGAGCAUUGCAAGAUUCUUGUCGAUGUGCAAGAAUAA